UUGCCUCAUUGUUUGACGUCCAGUCUGUCUUGUAAGCAGAUUUGGGUUAGCGUUAAGUUUGUUGGAGUAGGGCCUUGAAAUCUCCGGGGAAUGGUCGUGUAGUGCAUCGAAAAUGAUCGCUGCCUUAGCCCCGAGAAGAUUGCUUCUCCUGCUCCUAGUUGCGUGGAUUGUUGGGCCUGUAAUUGGAGAACUCUACCAAAGGCGAGUAUGUCCAAAAGCCCCAAACUGGAAGAAAGCAGAAUUCUGCAAAGGCGUUGCGCACAAAUGUAGUGCUGAUGCUGAGUGUGAAAGUGGUCAAAGAUGCUGCCCGACAGACAAGGAAUGCUUUCUGUCCUGCCAAAAUACUGUUAUACCAGACGGAUGUCCUAUUCCGAUCGAUCUUGCCCUGUUGCUGGAUUCCUCUGGUAGUAUCGGCAGAAGGAACUGGGUCAAGGUGUUAAACUUCGCCAAGUCAGUGGUGGAUAUCUACGAUAUUUCUGAAAAGGGGACUCAUAUUGCCAUCAUGAUGUACAGUGAUGACCCAGAAAUUAUGAUCCGGUUUAAUAAGUACACUGGAGUCGAGUUGAACGCCAUCAACAUUAAGAGAGACAUUUCGAAAUUUAGACUGCAAAAGGGAAGGACUUUCAUCGACAGGGCUCUUGUAUUAGCUGGGGAAGAUCUGUUUACGGAAAAAUCCGGAAUGAGAAAAGAUGUCCGAAAGGUGGCUCUUGUCCUGACUGACGGUAUCCAGACCAAAAAAAAAGGUCCUUACACACCACUGCAAGUCGCAUCUUCCGGUCUUCAGGCCAAGGGUGUCAACGUGUACUCACUUGGAGUCGGUAGUGAUAUCGAUGUUCUUGAGCUGCUUGAUAUGGCAAGCUCUGAAGACUUUGUUUUCAGCGCCAAGAAUUUCGACGACCUGUCUACCAAGGUCAGAGAGAUCACAGAAGCUCAAUGUCAAGCUUGUAAAGAAACCGUGGAACUUGUAUUUGGUAUCCCUGACUCCAGCGACAUCGAUCCCAAGCUCUUCAAUGAUAUCAAAAGAUUUUUCAUCAAAAUUGGUAGUUUGUUUAAAGUGGACAACAGAAACAGCCAUAUUGGUGUGAUUCGCUACAGCGAUACUGCCUCCAUGGCAGUGAAACUGGAUGAAUUCUAUCAGACAUCCCAGCUCAAUACCUUUAUCAACAAUAUGAAGCCAAGAGGUACCGGAGUCAACUUAGAACAAGCACUUCGAAAAGCAGCUGAUCAAGCGUUCACGAUGUUCGGUGGAGUUCGACAAAUCUACCCCAAAACCUUCGUGGUGUUCGUUCCUAAACAAACUACAGUCAGUGAGGACGCUAUCAAGCAAGCAUCCCUGAAGCUCAAAAGCAUUGGUGUAAGGCUUUUGCUCGUUAUGCUGGAUGUCCAUCCUCAGUUAGAAUUCUUCAGCACCAUCUCCUCCCAACCUAAGUCGAGGUACAUUUUGAAAGGUUUUGAUACAGCAGAGCUGAUAAAAGUGGCUUCAUAUGAAGCUGUGGAUACCAUAUGCAAAGGUCGCUACGGGAAGUGUCCCAUUAUCGAAGCUCCUGGUCCGUGUCUUGAGAAAGGUGCUGAAGGGUCGUGUAAAAUUGAUUCAGACUGUGGAGCUGGCAAUAAAGAAUCAAUGUGUUGCUAUAGCGGCAACUGUGGCCAAGGCAAAUGUACUCCAAGAGUGCGGAACUGCUUUAUUACUAUGGAUGUCGCUUUCGCCAUCGACUCCUCGGCAGCCGUAAGCGAAGAAGAUUUCGAAAACAGCAAGAAAUUUGUUAAAAAUUUACUCCAUGCAUUUGCUGACUCAGAAAACAGCAUUCACUUCGGCAUAGUACAAUAUGGUGCCACUGCAAAGAGGGUAGCGGACUUCAAUAAGUUCAUAUCCGAUCCGUCAAUCAAGGACAUUAUCACCAAACUCUCCAAAACGAAUGACAAUACCAGGAGAGUGGAUCUUGCCCUGGAAACAGUUAAGAAAGACGUUUUCAGCUUGGAAGGAGGAAUGCGACAAGGUCAUCCUCGCUAUGUUAUCUUCCUAGCUGGUGGAGACACAGAUGCUGCUUCCGCUGACCUGGCCAAGGCUGCCCAACCUCUACGAGAUCUAAAUGUCAACAUUAUAGCAGUUGGUGUUAAUUCAGGCGUCAGCCGGGACUUCUUAAGCAAGCUUGCUAGUAAACCAAACUACGUGUUCCCUGCAGUUUCACCUGAUGCUGUUUCUACUAAUAGACUGGCAAUUGAAAAGGAAAUUUGCCACGCAAAACCUGGCAAGUGUAAAGAUGUAGAAAUACCACCGACCUGCAGGGGCGUGUACGUACCUGAGCAGUAUGUAGGCUGCGGUGCCUCGGCAGGUGGCCAGCCGACUGGAAAGGGAGCUGACUGGAUCUGCCCCGGAGAACAGAAGUGUUGUGCCAACCCUGCUGAUCCUUGUAUUACCACCUGUGCUGACCCUCCAAACGAAUGUCGAGGCCAGUACGACUUGACCUUCUUGCUGGAGAAUUCGGACGAUGUUGGUUCAGAAAACUUCGAGAAGAUGAAGACGUUUGCUAAAGAUCUCGUUAACGCUUUCAUUAUUAGCAAUUUUGGUAGCCACGUUGCACUCGUUACCUAUGGUGACGCGGCCAAAGUUGAGUUUAAUUUUAACUCAAUCCCUGGCGCUACUAAGAGAAUGGUCUUCAAUGCAAUUGAUGAAGUUAGGUUCCAAUCGGGACCUGGAGCAGGAGUUAGCGCCGGUCUCCAGAAAGCCGUAGAUACGAUUUAUACUGAGAGUGGUGGAGUACGUGAGCGCAGUAAUAAGUCCCUCGUUAUCAUAGGCUCAGGCAAGUUUCAAGAUGCCAAGAAAGCUGCCUUAUUAGCGAGCCAGCUGAAACAGUCUCAAGUGGACGUGUUUGCUGUGCCGGUCGGUGGUCAGGGUGACAUUGCUGCAAUUAGAAACAUCGUGUCAAAGAAAAUCGAAAAUAACGCCUUCAUGACAACGUCGUUUGACGCUUUGAAACCACACCUUCGUGCUCUUACCAAGGCUGUCUGCGAUGGCGCUCAAAAACUACGACCUUGUAAUCUACCUCAAGAUGUCUACUUCGCAAUACCAACUGCGACAUCACUCGGAGGCGACUUCAGCAAAAUCAAAAACGUCUUUAAUAGCCUACUCAAGUUUUUCAUCGUCUCUAAUCGGGUGGCCCACUUUGGGAUCAUACAGUACAGCAACGACGCCGCCGUGACCCGUAGACUCGACCAAAUCUACACGCGCAAAGGCUUAGUCCAAUACAUCAACAGCAUCCAACCAUCUGGAAAUGGUUUCAACGUGGAAGCAGCAUUCAAACGCGCAAAGGAUCACGGCUUCACGAUCUUCGGGGGUGUCCGUCAAACUGUGCCCAAGACCUUAGUGAUCGUUGUACCACGGCAACCAUCCUCGUCGUUAGAUAACAUUCUAGCAGCAGCAAAUAAUUUGAAGAAGAUGGGAGUCAAAGUUGUGCUGCUGGGGCUCAGCGAAGCUGGAAAACUGGUCGACUACUCGAACGUCGCAUCGAAACCAUCCGUUAAGUUCUUGUUUGGGGAUACCAUUGGAGAUUUGGAUGGCAAUGUGUAUAACAUCAAGGAAACUAUUUGUCGAGGUCGGUAUGGUAAAUGUCCUCCAACCCAACCAGAAUCAUGCAAGGACGUUGCCCUAACGUGUUCGCUUGACGCAGACUGUGGAGCACCUACUACCAUGUGUUGUCUCACGCCUGGAUGCCGACGAUCUUGCGUCCCGAAAAUAGACAAUUGUUUCGUGAAYAUGGAGGUAACGAUCGCCAUUGACACAUCGCAAGGUGUAGCAGGUGGCGAGCUCAACGCGGUAAAGAAUUUCGUUAGUAGCAUCAUUCGACCACUAGCAGCCUCCGAAAACAGCAUUAGAAUAUCUCUCAUGACGUACGGUGAAACGGCACAGACUCUAGCCCGAUUCCGCGACCGAAAACCCGAGAAAGAGCUACUGGGGCUAUUAUCUGGUAUUAAGGCUUCGGCCGAAGUCGGUCGAAACUUGAACGUUGCCUUCUCCUCCAUCCGGAAAGAUCAUUUUAGUUUGGAGGGAGGUAUGAGACAGGGUCAUCCAAGAUUGGUCGUAUUUAUCACGGGUGGGCUACCUAUGGCAGAGUUUACAAAAUCCGCUCAGACGGUCAAGGAACUUGAUGGAAUGAGAGUCAUGGCAAUCGGUACGAAUCAAGCAGUACAGGAUGGUUUACUACAGAGCAUAUCAACAAAUAACCUGUUUUUCAAGGCUAAUUCUCCGGCAGACUUGAGCAGAAUUAGGGACCAAGUUGUAAGGGCAUUUUGCAGACCUAAACCAGGCAAGUGUCCACCUGCGGCUGCGCCUAUCGGAAGAUGUGGAGAUGUGGUACCACCAAGAUACAUUCCUUGCGGGACUUCUGCGGGACAAACUCAGAAUUCUGACUGGCCUUGUCCUGGAGAACAAAAAUGCUGUAAAGAUCCUGAAUCUGGGUGUCAUUCAGUCUGUUUGGAACCACCACUGGAAUGCAAGGGAAAACAUGAUCUGGCUAUUCUCAUCGAGGGCAACGAUGAAGUCGGCAAGACUGGCUUCAACAAAGUGAAAACCUUUGUCAAGCAGCUUAUUAACGGCUUUAACAUCCGUCAAGGUCAAACUCAUGUCUCUGUCGUCUCGUAUGGCGAGAAACCCAAACUUGAUUUUAAGUUUAACACUAUCCGCAGCCCAACCAAACAAAAACUAAACUUGGCGAUUGACAGGAUUCAAUUCCCUGGAGGGGGACCAUCGUCCACAUCAAGAGCUCUUCAAACGGCCUACGGUGAGGUUUAUAAAGUUGACGGUGGAGCCCGUGAAAGGGGAGUUAAUAAGUCCUUACUUAUCAUUAGUCAGGGAAAAUUCACCAACCCCAAAAAUGCAGCUCGUUACGCCAGUCUCCUGAUUCAAAACAACGUGGAUGUCUACUUUAUGGCUAUUGGUGGGAACGAAGACAUUCCUUCCAUACGUAACGUCGCUUCCAGGCUCCACCACAAGACUGGCUUCAUGACCUCGACCUACGAUGCACUAAAACCUGAUUUACGAGCAGUGWCGAAUAGGAUCUGUGAAGGCGCUGAAAAACCUAAAGUUUGUGAUCUACCGCUGGAUAUUAUUUAUGGUAUCCCUKUGGGUACUCAAGUCACUCGGGGUGGCCUGGGAGAGAUCCAGACGAUGUUAAGAAGUUUGACUCGACGAUUUAUGAUCAAUAAUCGAGCUGUUCACAUCGGUAUGCUACCAUACAGUGAUUCAGCAGCCCUCGAAAAGCCCAUUGAUGCAAUGUAUAGUCCCAGUGAGAUCGAUGACUAUCUUGGCGAACUGGAGCUAAGAGGAACCGGAUAUGACGUCGCUAAAGCUAUGAACGUUGCUGCGGACCAUGGUUUUACUGUCUAUGGUGGAACACGGCCUACUGCACCCAAGACCUUUGUCCUAGUAGUCCCAGGAGAUAUACCACCCGAGCAAGAACAGGCUGUGGAAGAUGCUGCCAAGAAGAUUAAAUCCAUGGGAAUAAAACUAAUGAUGUUGGUGUUGGGAGGCGAAAAGACAAACGUACAAUCCCUGAGGCGAUUCGUUACUCAACCUGCAAGGAAGUAUCUGACUGUAGGCAACUAUGAUGACAUGAUAUCUUCUACUGAGAGAAACUCUAGGACGAUAUGUAGAGGAAAGUACCCCAAGUGUCCCAUAAUAGUACCACCAGCAGAGUGCCCAGUUGACGAUGAAUCCGACUGUGAGCUUGACGCUGAUUGUGCUCCAGGAUCAGCUUGUUGUGGUACAGGCUGCCCAGGAGUAACAAGCUGCAUCAAAGGAAUUGAAAAUUGCUUCGUAAACAUGGACAUCGCGUUGGCUGUGGACACUACCGUAAGCGCUGCUGACUUACCAGCGGUCAAAGCCUUCACCAAAGAUCUUGUGGCUUCCAUCGCCGAUUCAGAAAACUCAAUCCACUUCAGUCUUCUAACUUACGCCGACACAACUAAAACACUCACUAAUUUCCGUGAGUAUGUCUCACAAGAAGGAAUGUCCAAAUUGAUCGAUGGCAUAUCUGCCUCUCCUAGUAAAGACGCGCGAGUUGACCUUGCCGUGGGUGGCAUCGAAAAAGACCUUUUCAGCCUUGAAGGAGGAAUGAGACAAGGUCAUCCACGAUACGCCAUUUUCAUCUCCUCGGGAGGAAACUCUGCAGCUUCUGGGAAACUCAGCGAAGCAUCGAAAGGGCUUAAAAAACUCAAGGUUAAUAUGGUCAGUGUAGCAACGAGUGGUGGUGUGGACGAURCUUUUGCCGAUGAUCUGGCUGCAGCUACCAACUUAAAAUUCAAAGCUCCUUCAGCGGCUGAACUCCCAGGAUUAGUGCAAAACAUCAGACGAGAGCUAUGUAAAGAAAAGCAAGGAAAGUGUCCUCCAGCCCAGGCAACAUGUCUAUCACCUGGUGGCGAGGUUCCACUCAAUUACAUUUCAUGUGGUGAUUCUGCUAAGAAGCCAGGACGAACUGCGAAGGAAAAUGACUGGGACUGCCCUGGAGAACAAAAGUGCUGUCUUGAUCCAACGGGAUGCUUCAGCGUAUGCCGUGACCCACCUAAUGAYUGUAAGGGGAAAUACGAUCUUACUCUUCUACUGGACUCUUCUGACUCUGUUGGUGAAGAGGGGUUCAAGAAAGUCAAGACAUUCGCUAAAGAUAUCGUGGACGCAUUUGAUGUCUCCGAAUCUGGUACAAAGGUGGCCGUGAUUUCGUAUGGAGCAACGCCAAAAGUAGACAUAACGUUCCAGCAUAAACCAUCGAAUAAAGAAAGAAUCAAAUCAAUCAUAGAUGGUAUUCCAUAUCAAGGUGAUGGACCAUCUUCCACUAACGACGCUCUGCAAAAGGCCUUGGAUGUCGUGUAUAGCACAUCUACAGGCGCUAGGGACGGCGUUAAUAAGUCUCUUGUCAUCGUCAGCCCCGGCAAAUUCCAAAACCAAGCUGGUUCAAUCCGACUGGCUGGUCUCCUCAAACUCGAACAAGUUGAUGUAUUCGCUGUUCCGGUGGGCAAAAAUCCUGAUAUUGGAACAUUGAGGAAACUCGUGUCAGAUCAACAGAAUAACAACGUGUUCAUGACCACGUCACCAUCGGCGCUGAGACCACAUGUUCGGGCUUUGACGGAUACUAUCUGCCAAGGAGCUGACAAAAUAAAAGUUUGUGACAGGAAGAUGGACGUGGUGUUUGGAAUACCCACAGCUACAGAGCUUGGACCAGACUUCCAGAAAGUGAAAGACUUUUACAUGAACAUGCUGACACUUUUCAAGAUCUCCAACAGGAACGUGCACGUAGGUAUAGUACCCUACAGUAAUUCAGCCACAUUGACAGUCAACCUUGACCACAUGUACGACCGAAAGCAGUUAACCAACUACRUGGAUAACAUGAAACUAUCUGGUAAAGGGUACAACGUUCAGGAAGCCUUGAGGGUAGCAGCAGACCACGCCUUUACCAUGUUCGGUGGAGUUAGACCCACGGCUCCCAAGACCUUUGUUCUGUUCAUCCCAGGAAAGGCAGCAGUUAAUAACGAAGCCAUUGCUGCUGCGGCCGCCAAGUUAAAGAGUGUUGGAGCGAGGCUGAUGGUCAUUGGCUUAGAGAACAUGGUGGAUCCCGCUUUUUUCAAACAAGUGUCUACCCAGCCUGCGGCUAAGCACUUCUUGUAUGGAAACUAUGACAAGAUUGGUGCUGGAGUGUACGAUGCUGUCGAAACCAUUUGCCAAGCAAAGUUCGGAAAGUGCCCAGCUUUCCCUCCGCCACCUCCAGCAGACUGUAGUGGACUAGAGGAUGAAUGCUCUGUAGAUGGUGACUGUCCUGGUGACGAAGGUGUCUGCUGCCGCUCGGGAACCGCGUCAUGCGGAUUCAUGGAAUGCACAAAUAGAGUCAAAAAUUGUUAUGUUGCCAUGGAUGUGGCUCUCGCCGUCGACGCAACAGCGGAUAUACCAAACAACGAAUUCAACAGUGUCCAACAAUUCAUCACCAGAGUCAUCAACGCUAACGCCGACUCCGAGAACAACAACCACUUUGGAAUACUGAAGUACGGACAAACCGCGACCAAACUCACCAACUUCCGUCAAUUCGAUUCAGAGGCUAAGCUGAGAGAAAUACUCAGAGGCUUGUCAAAAACUGCUGACACGGAAAGACGUGUUGAUAAUGCUCUACGCGGGGUGAAAACGCACAUGUUCAGCCUCGAGGGAGGAAUGCGACAAGGGCGUCCACGAUUUGCUUUAAUCGUCGUGUCUGGACCGGCGUCUGUCAAUACUGGAGACUUGCUAGAAGCCUCAAAAGAACUGAGAGCUUUGGAUAUUAAAAUUAUCGCUGUUGGAUCCAAUACGAACGUUGACAAUGGCUUUUUAGGACAAGUGGCAACCGAUCCUAGUCUUGUUUUCAAAGCCAAUACUCCUGAAGAUCUUUCUGGUCUUUGGAACACCAUUCAAGGCGUCAUGUGUUCGCAAAAACCUGGUAAAUGCAGACCAGUCGAACGAACAUGUGGAGCACCAGGCUCCCCCGUUCCUCCUCAGUUCAUCCCGUGUGGUGGUUCAGCUGGUAAAGCAGGACGAAGCGUCAAAGAAAAUGACUGGGAUUGUCCUGGCCUAACAAGAUGUUGCCUUGACCCAACUGGAUGCCACUCAGUCUGCCUGCCACCACCCAAUGUUUGUAACGGUCAAUUCGAUCUAACCAUCGUCAUGGAUGCUUCAGUAAACACCGGCAAAUCAGGUUUCGACAGUGUCAAGAUCUUCGCCAAACAGCUGGUUGAUGCUUUCGAUGUCGAAGGAGCAGGAACAAGAGUGUCUGUCAUCUCUUACAGCGACAAACCAAGGAUCAACUUCGGUUUUGCCGAUGUGAACAGGAAAGAUGCAAUAAAGAACGCCAUUGAUGGAGUUGUCUACCAAGGUGGAGGCAUUUCUGCGACAUCGGAUGCUCUACAGUUAGCUGUCGACAAAGUUUAUAAGAUAGAGAACGGAAUGCGAAGCAAUUCGAAUAAGUCACUAGUCAUCAUCGGACCAGGAAAGUUUGCCAACCCAGACCAAGCUGCCCGUAUCGCUAACGAACUGAGACAAAACCUCGUAGACGUUUUUGUGAUGCCAGUUGGUUACGACCCAGACGUUCCUUCCAUGAAAAGAGUAGCUUCAAAUCCUGUUGACAAGAAUGUAUUCAUGACAACAACUCCCGAGGCUUUGAGGCCACAUCUGAGGUCACUGACAAAAAGGAUCUGCGACGGCGCUGAAAGACCCAAAGUAUGUGACAAGGCAAUGGACAUCGUUUACGGCAUCCCAAAUGCUGCAUCACUUGGCCCUGACUUUGCCAACGUGAAGUACUUCUUCAAGAGCAUGAGCAAACAAUUAUUUGUAUCCAACCGCAACACCCACAUCGGUAUUAUACCCUACAGCGACUCUGCUGCUCUGACUGUUGACCUGGACAGCGUAUACAGCAGGGAAGGCAUCAUMAACGCUAUUGACAAACUCAAGCCGUCUGGAUCUCAGUUCAACGUUGCCAAAGCCAUUCAAGUUGCUGCUGACAACGCCUUCACGAUCUUUGGUGGCACACGUCCCACGGCUCCUAAAACUUUUGUUCUUUACAUUCCUUCUUCACGACCUGAAGACGCUGCUGCCAUCAAAGCUGCAUCUGACAAACUCAAGAGUGUUGGAGUUCGAUUGAUGGUUGUAGGAUCAGAGGAGAAUGUUGAUUUUUACCGGGGAGUGUCUUCCCAGCCUCCACAAAAACAUUAUCUGCAUGGAAGUUACGAUAAGAACGCUGCUGGUGUCUUUGAUGCUGUUGAUACCAUCUGUAAAGCUAGAUAUGGGACAUGUCCUGUCGGAGCUCAAGUCAAGGUGGAUCCAGGAGCGGAAGGUUGUCCAUCUCAAGACGCUUGUAGUGCUGAUGGAGACUGUAAAGAUCCCAACCAUCUUUGCUGCGAAGGAUGUGCCAAGACCUGCGUUCCUGCCGUCAGAAAUUGUUUCGUCACCAUGGACGUUGCCAUAGCAAUGGAUGUUACAUCAGGAAUCCCGGACGGUGACUUCGACAACCAAAAGAACAUUGUUACUCGAAUCAUUAAUUCCUUUGCUGGCUCAGAAAACAGCAUUCACUUUGGUUUACUGAAGUACGCUUCAACAGCCCAAACUGUAGCUGACUUCAAUAGAAUUGUUCCAUACAACCAGCUCACAAACACGGUCAAAAAAAUGCAAAAGUCUAGCGAAUCUGAACGAAGAAUUGACAUAGCACUUCAGACUAUAUCCCAAGGGAUCUUCAGUCUUGAGGGCGGCAUGCGACAGGGUCAUCCUAGGAAUGUCAUUUUUAUAACCUCAGGGUCAGCGUCAGCUAAUUCGGAAGACUUAGGCAAGGCGGCCAAGGAUCUUAGAGCCCUGGGAGUGAACAUCAUCGCAGUUGGAUUGAAAAAUGCUGAUCCAGGCUUUUUGAAAAUCCUCGCUACUGAAGAAAGAUUUGUUUUCAAGGCGUCAACACCCGAGGAGGUUGAAGGAUUGUGGAAUAAAAUACAAGCWCAACUUUGUGAGAAAAAACCUGGUAAAUGCAGACCAGUCGAACGAACAUGUGGAGCACCAGGCUCCCCCGUUCCUCCUCAGUUCAUUCCGUGUGGUGAUUCAGCUGGUAAAGCAGGACGAAGUGCCAAAGAAAAUGACUGGGAUUGUCCUGGACAAUCUCGCUGUUGUCUUGACCCAAGUGGAUGCCACUCAGUCUGUCAGCCUGUUCCAAAUGUGUGUUUUAAUCGCGCCCACGAUUUGUCAAUUCUCAUCGAAAACUCCGAUGCAGCUGGCCCACAUGGCUUCAACAAAGCCAAGGAGUUUGCCCAGUCUUUAGCUGAUGCCUUCUACAUCUCUCCUACAAACACUCAUGUUGCUAUAACAACCUAUGGUCCUACAGCUGAUGUUCAUUACAGAUUCAACUGGUUCCAGGGCCCACAAAACAACAAUGCAAAUGUAAGGCAGUCAAUAGGAAGAAUCCAGUUCGUGGGAGGACAAACGGCUCCAGCAAGUAAUGCUCUUCAGGCAGCACUAGACGACAUCUUUACCGAGAGAAGUGGAGCAAGAGAAGGUGUCAACAAGUCGCUUGUUCUGGUCGGAUCAGGUCGGUUUGUUGAUGCAGCAAGAGCAGUAGGAAUAUCAGCAGCACUCAAACAGAACCUCGUCGACGUUUUCUUCGUCCCUGUUGGUCCAAACCCAGAUAUCGCCAACAUACGAAAGUUUGCUUCGCCAGUAGUGGAGAAAAACGUGUUCUUGUCUUCGUCGUACGAUGCCUUAAGACCGCACGUUCGAGCCGUUACCAAGGCGAUCUGUGAUGGUGCAAUUAAGAUCCAAAARUGUAAGCAGCCAAUUGAUGUAUAUUUUGCAAUCCCAACGUCAACCUCCAUAUAUGGAAUAUCCGACAAUAUACGAAAAUCAUUUGUGGGUCUGUUACGUCAGCUGGAAGUCAGCAACAGAGGCCUUCAUGUGGGUCUUAUCAAGUAUUCUGAUGACGCUGAGGUUGUGACGCAUCUUGAUUGGGUUUAUAACCGUGAUUGGCUGGAGAAUAUUAUCAACCGUAUACCAGUGGAAGGAGCGAGUCUGAACAUCGCAAAAGCACUCCGUGCUGCAGCAGAUCAAGGAUUUACCAUAUAUGGAGGCACGCGUCAAACCGCUCCAAAAGUCCUGGUACUUUUUGUCCCAGGCCCUGUGACCGAUACCAAUGAAAUCCAAGCUGCCGCAAAUAAACUAAAGAGUCUUGGUGUGAGGAUUGUAGUCCUGGGUUUGCAGAAUGCUGUCGACCCUAGGAUAUACAACACUGUUGUCACGCAACCUCCAUCGAAGUUUUUGUUGACGUCGGACUCCUUUGCUGGAUUGAGUUUGGGUCUGAAUGCUGCUUCUAAUCGGAUAUGUAACGCCAAGUACGGAAAAUGCCCCAAGCAACCACCUAAACCGGCCGAGUGUCCAGAUGAUGACGUCAAUGAAUGUUCCCAGGACAAAGACUGUAAAGGAGCGGGUGAUUUAUGUUGUAAGGGAGGCUGUAACAAGAGAGUCUGUAUAACAGGAAUUAAAAACUGCUUCAUUCCUAUGGAGAUUGCUUUCGCGGUGGACGUCUCAGAGACCAUGACUACCGCUGCCUUAGAGAGUUCUAAAGACUUCGUCAAGGAAGUCAUCCGUACAUACGCUUCAUCAGAGAACGACAUCCAUUUCGGCCUCAUGACAUUCGCAGGAACGGCUAAAGCACUAACGCCAGGCUUUAGGAAGUUCAAGACCGAACAAGAGCUGCAAGGUAUCGUCAAUCAAAUCAAGUCGGUUAAUGACCCAUCGAGACGAGUGGACCUGGCGCUAAAGGAAGCAAAGAGGAGUAUAUUCAGUCUGGAAGGAAGAAUACGACACGGUCAUCCACGUUAUCUGAUCAUCCUUACGUCGUCGGGUACAUCCGAAGGCAGUGGUGACCUUGCUGAAGCAAGGAAGGAGCUGGACAAGCUGAAAGUACGAACAGUAGCCAUUGGUACCAAUAAUGGCGUCGAUGGUGUAUUCCUUCAGCAGUUGGCCUCCGAGAACAGUUAUGUCUUCCAAGCGCAAGACGCUAGUCAACUAGAAUCCAUCAGGCCACAAGUACAAUCAAGCUUCUGCGCUGAAAAACCUGGAAAUUGUCCCGUACCCACAGUCACGCCCGAUCCCGCAGUUUGCGGGUCUCAAACGGUAGUACCACUACAGUUCAUCCCGUGCGGUGACUCGGCGGGUAAAGCUGGUCGCAGUCAGCGCGAGAAUGAUUGGGACUGUCCUGGCGAGGCCAAGUGCUGUAAGGAUCCAAACACAGGAUGUCACAAUGUCUGUGUAUACCCACCUAUAAUUUGUAACAAGGUCAAAGACAUCGUGCUUGCCGUCGAGUCGUCGGAUCUCAUUGGAAAACGAGGCUUUGAAAAACUCAAACAAUUUCUGCAAUAUUUUUCGRAGGCGUUUGGCGUGUCACGUGACGGUAGUCAUAUUGGUAUGAUAGUCUACUCGUCCCGCUCUCGUGAGGCAUUCCGUCUGACCGCAUAUCGAGAUACCGCAAACUUGAAGARGGGUAUUGCAAAGGCAAGUUUUGGUGGAGGAUCAUAUCCCUAUCCUUCAGAAGGACUGGUGACUGCCCUUGACAUCUCCCUCACUCAACGAGGAGGAGCCAGAGAAAAUGUUAACAAGUCCCUAGUGCUUUUCACAUCAGGUCGCUUCGAAAGACCAGCCAAAGCCAUCGCUGUCGCAUCACAACUGAAAGAAGGACUUGUUGAUGUGUAUGCUGUUGCUAUUGGUGACAAGCCAGACCUCGAAACUCUAAAACAAGUCGUGUCAAGACCUAUUGAACCCAAUAUCUUCAUGAUGUCAUCCGCUGAUGCACUAAGAGCGCAGGCUCGAGCCUUGGUCAAACGUGUUUGUGACGGAGCCGAGAAGAACUAUAUCGUAAGUAUAUCACAGGAGGUUUCCAUGGAAACGUCUCACAUGUCACAUGUACACCAACCGCGCACUAAUAUGCUAACAUUUAGACACUGGUUCAAUUCCUAAAUAAGACAGAUUCACCGACAAAACUACAUUCACUUUACAUACACAUCUCAAACUGCUUAUUUAUUCGUUUACUUGCUCUGUUAUUAUUUCAUAUUUUAUCAUUUACUGUAUGUUUUGUAUACUAGUUAUUUGUUUUAAAACGUGGCUAUAAGGUGAACUCAUUCYAUUAUUUAUUGGAUAACGAAUUGUGUUGAAUUUAUGGCUGUAAAUUCAAACGAAUUAUUUGUUUUCAAUAUUAAAGUUUUUUGAUAUUGAAAACAUGAAAAGAUCGUUGAACUAGUAAUGGAAUGGUAAUCUUACCAAUUACUGUAGGCCUAGCUUCCACAUAUACUCACAUAAUGUGCACGUGAUCAUGACGUCGUUUCAUAUAACACGCACGUGAUCACGAACUAUGCUCACGUGGUCACGUGGUCYCGAAAGGACGAGCAUGGCAUCAGCUUUGAUUUUAUUCGUGUUAUUAUUCUUGYGGUAGAUAAGGAUAGUCUUUCAUUUGUUGAAUUGUUUUAUGCUUGUCUUUUGUUUGAGUUGGAUUGGUUUG